AUGUCCUUCUCCAAGGGAUCUUCCCGACCCAGGGAUCGAACCCAGGUCUUCCCGCAUAACAGGCAGACGCUUUACUGUCUGGGCUCAGAGAGGGGACACCAGGCUGGAGGAAAGGACCGCGCGUUCCCCAAGAUCCUCACCGCCCUCCUGCACAGUAUACCCUGCUGUGUGUACAGACCUAUUCCGCUGAAGUUCUCGCUGAGUCGCCAUCUUCUCAACUAUGCUUCACUGUCAGCCAAUCGGGAGGGGGGGGGGCUGUCACGUGGCACAUGGAACCACUCUGGAUUCUGGAAGACUUGGACAUCCUCAGGGCCAGCCUGGUCUCAGUUCCUUAACAUCAUCUCCAUGACUUUGCCCGCACUUCAGCCGUGCAGGCCCAAGAUCUACACACCUGUUUGCUCUAAAUCUCAAGUUCCAGCUCCCCUCCCCCUCCAAACAAAACUACUACUACUGCUGUCUGCCACCCCACCCCCCACUGUCUAA